AUGUUAGUGUACGCGGGCAUCUCGCUGGAUAAGGUGUUUGACUACAGCGAGUACUGGGAGGUGGCGCGUGGCCUGUACGCCUGCUUCGACUGCACGGCCACCAUGAAGUCCGGCAACGCGGACGUGUACGAGAACGAGAUCCCGGGUGGCCAGUACACCAACCUGCACUUCCAGGCCCACAGCAUGGGGCUGGGCCACAAGUUCAAGGAGGUCAAGAAGGCCUACGCCGAGGCCAACAAGCUGCUGGGGGACCUCAUCAAGGUGACCCCGUCCUCUAAGAUCGUGGGCGACCUGGCCCAGUUCAUGGUCCAGAACUCUCUGACACGGGCUGAGGUGGAGGAGCGGGCAGACGAGCUCUCAUUCCCGCUCUCCGUGGUGGAGUUCCUGCAGGGACACAUCGGUAUUCCGCACGGAGGAUUCCCAGAACCCUUCAGGACCAAGGUGCUGAAGAACCUGCCCCGUGUGGAGGGUCGCCCUGGUGCCUCUCUGCCCCCCAUGGACUUCGAGGUCAUGGAGAAACAGCUCCGCGAGUCGCACGAUGAUGACAUCACCCCCGAGGAUGUCAUGUCCGCCGCCAUGUACCCCAAAGUCUUCCAGGAGUUCCGUGACUUCACCAAGAACUUCGGACCCGUUGACUGCCUCAACACACGCCUCUUCCUGGAUGGACCCAAGAUCGCCGAGGAGUUUGAGGUGGAGCUAGAGCGAGGGAAGACGCUGCACAUCAAGGCUCUGGCGCUGGGGGACCUGAACAAGGCGGGCCAGAGGGAGGUGUUCUUCGAGCUCAACGGCCAGCUCCGCUCAGUGCUGGUCAAGGAUACAGUGGCCAUGAAGGAGAUGCACUUCCACCCGAAGGCGCUGAAGGACGUGCGUGGCCAGGUGGGGGCGCCGAUGCCCGGUAAGGUGGUGCUGCUGAAGGUGAAGCAGGGCGACGUGGUGGAGAAGGGCCAGCCCCUGUGCGUGCUCAGCGCCAUGAAGAUGGAGACCGUGGUCAAUUCGCCCAUCUCUGGCACCAUCGCCAAGAUCUACGUCAGCGCCGACACCAGCCUGGAGGGAGAUGACCUCAUCAUGGAGAUCACCGAGUAGACCGGAGGGGGGGGGGCGGGGGGGGUCAAUACAGCGUCGCCAUGACAACAUGACGUUGUGAUGAUGCCAUGACUAUGAUAUUGUGAUGACGUUCUUAUGAUGUUAUAAUGGAGUUGUGUUGAUGUUGUAAUGGCGUUGUUAUAACAACACGCCAUGACAACAUGACGUUGUGAUGAUGCCAUGACUAUGAUAUUGUGAUGACAUUCUUAUGAUGUUAUAAUGACGUUCUUAUGAUGUUAUAAUGGCGUUCUUAUGAUGUUAUAAUGGCGUUGUGUUGAUGUUGUAAUGGCGUUGUGUUGAUGUUGUAAUGGCGUUGUUAUAACAACACAGUGUUUUCAGAGCCGUUUACUCCACCACCAUUGCCAGGUGCCACACCCUCCCCCGUUUCUGCUCCGAGUCAGUACGGUUAGAGUUAGAUGAUGAAGGCACUCAGAGAAGAGAGAAUAGACAGGUGUAAUUUUGUAGAUGUAUUGUAUAAAAGAGGAAAUCUAUGGAGCUAUUAACUACAUUAACCAGGAAUCCGUGGGGUUGGGAGGUGUGUGUCGAUGUGUUUUUGUUGGAGACGGAGCUUUCUGUUGCGUUUGCAUUUGUUUUGAUGUAUCCAAUCUACUUCUAACAGUAACGUACAGUAGAUCUGUCUGUCUGAUCUACUUCUAACUGUAGGGUAGAUCCCUCUGUCUGGUAAUAGAUCUGUCAUGCUGAUGUCAGCUUAGUCUAGCAUGUGCCUGUCAGCUGUGAACUCCAGACUGUCAUAAUAAUUAAUUGAUGAAUUAAUGAAUUAGCUAGCAUAGCAAUAAAUAACAGUUUCCUUUAUGUCAUAGGCUUUUCUCGUUGUGCUACUCUUGGCAAAUGCUCAUACUAUGUGAGAAAAAAACGUGUGUUGUUGGAUUGUAGUCACACAGUUAAUAUCCCUUAAUAUCCCUUAAAGUCAUGUUUUUAAUUUUGUCCAAGGUUAGCUUUGAUGGGUAGUUUGCAAUGAGUCAGGAAACGUGACCGCAACAAUCCUCCUCUCCCCCAACCCCCCCCCCCCCCCCCCCCCCCCCGUUAGUUAGUUAGUCAGUCAGAGCACACGUUCACUGUCCAGCACAGACAUCCUCACGCUAUGGUGUCCAGCACAGACGUCCUCACGCUAUGGUGUCCAGCACAGACGUCCGCACGCUAUGGUGUCCAGUGUGCAGGUUCCGCCCCGUUGCCUUGUACUCUGUUUAUUGGUUUCGGCCCUCAAUUGUGAAUCUCAGACCAACUGGGACAACUGGAAAUCCGAGUUGGGAAAGCUGGGAAUGUCGCUGCCCAGACAGCAGCGCACACUGUGUCCAAUCCGGCCCGGGUCUGCCCAGGUGUGUGUGUGUGUGUGUGUGUGUGUGUGUGUGUGUGUGUUUUUAAGUGUAUGGUACUGAGCCGAUGAGGUGAUUGUGUGUGUGUGUGUGUACGUGUGUGUAAAGGGACCAUAAGGACGCUCAUUAAGGCCUUAGUCCACACACACCUGUGCUGAGAUGGGGCUGGACUGCCCCCGAGAUCACUUGUUUAUUUGGUUGUUUUGCUUUGUUUGUUAGUUUGUUUGUCACAUGCGAACACAAAGCAUCUGACUCCCAUUCCUUUCCGAUGCGUGGCAUUCUCUCCUGAGGUCUAUAUCUCUGAAACAGGGUCACAGUUCUUUUAUUUGUGUAUUGUACAUUAUAACUGUGAAAGUUCACAUGUUGUGUUAGGGGGUUAAAAAGCACACACACACCGGAAUGUAUACACACCUAGUAACACAAAAGUAUUGUCCUGAGGGUUGACUGCAGUAAACACACACACAGAAGCACAAGAGAAGGGUGUGAAGUUUUCCUGUUGGUUAACACACACCUGAGGACAUUUCUUUAGGCGGUCAGGCCUCGGUCAUGUCCGCUAGUAGUCCAGAUGUAAUUGGUGCCUGCCAUUGAUUAUGGCUGUGUGGUACCUCUGGUGGUGGUGGUGUUGUGGGGUGGUCAUAGGUGGGCUGCUGGACCCCUAAUGAGGCACGAUGAGACCACAGCACACACACACACACACACACACACACACACACACACACACACACACACACAUACAGUGCUUCAUUACGCCAGGACGCUUUUAUUAACCUGAUGGAAAAGGCUUCUUCUCUUUGAACACAACCACCACUGAAGAGGUGACUGGUGAAAUGGCCUGCACUACGCACAAGACUACAGAACACAGGGAACACUCUCUGCAUUAUUAACGGUUAAUGGUCAGGGCUAAACGCCAUGUUUGGUCAGGAAGACCUCCAUACCCCCUCUGCAUUAUUAACGGUUAAUGGUCAGGGCUAAACGCCAUGUUUGGUCAGGAAGACCUCCAUACCCCCUCUGCAUUAUUAACGGUUAAUGGUCAGGGCUAAACGCCAUGUUUGGUCAGGAAGACCUCCAUACCCCCUCUGCAUUAUUUACGGUUAAUGGCCAGCUCUGUGACCCCUGCUCUCUGUGCAUAGGGGUAAGCGCCACCUGACCAGACCACCCCACAGGCACACUCACACUCUCGCCAUAAUCACGGUCAGUUUGACCAGGGCACCCUCCUCUGGCCCUCCACCACCAGAUUAACGGUGACCGUUCGGGUCCUUUGAUCCAGACUCCGCUCCGACCACCCGCCUGGCAGCCUUCGACUCACCACGCAGUCGCGUUCUGCGGCGGCAGAAAGUUCCGCGGGCCCCCGAGAACCAGAAACCCACAGCCCUAGUGCAGCGCAGUCACCGUGAUCAGUAAUCAGAACGUUCCGCGGGCCCCCGAGAACCAGAAACCCACAGCCCUAGUGCAGCGCAGUCACCGUGAUCAGUAAUCAGAACGUUCCGCGGGCCCCUGAGAACCAGAAACCCACAGCCCUAGUGCAGCGCAGUCACCGUGAUCAGUAAUCAGAACGUUCCGCGGGCCCCUGAGAACCAGAAACCCACAGCCCUAGUGCAGCGCAGUCACCGUGAUCAGUAAUCAGAACGUUCCGCGGGCCCCUGAGAACCAGAAACCCACAGCCCUAGUGCAGCGCAGUCACCGUGAUCAGUAAUCAGAACGUUCCGCGGGCCCCUGAGAACCAGAAACCCACAGCGCUAGUGCAGACGCCGUGAUCAGUAAUCAGUAUGCUGCUAAUGGAAGAGAUGUAGGGGACCGAUAACGUUGGGAUCGCACAGAUGGCAACCAAACUAAUCUCCACUGAGCCACUAAUUAGAAAUGUUGCAGGAAGUAGAAUCUCGUAUCUCAUCUCAUGUGUGUGUGUGUUUGGUGUUUUUUUUUUCCUGUGAAGUUUGUUUCUCUCUUUCUCUCCAUCUGGUUUUUUUGAUAACUGGAAUGUUAAGAUAUGCAAAUACUAAUCCAGCAGAACCUCUUGUUCUGUUGUCACGCAAAGAUAUGUUGGAGAAUAAAAACAAUAAAAAAGAG